AGAUGUUUAAUUUGCUGCCCAGAGAGGAGCUUAGACACAAGGAAGAAGAAAGAGGAAGCUGUUUGGCUAGAGGUAGAAAGAGGGACCUCCACGGUUGGACUGAAAUAUGAUGAUAAAAAAAACAUUGAGUUUGGGGAGGAAGAAAUUAGUCGAGUUUGAUACAGACAGCCCAAAGAAAAAAAAGGAGGGAUUACUCGUACCGGUGAAACAACCAAAGCAGCAAGCAAACCAAAGCAGCAAGGAGGGAUUCGUUGUAAGUUGUGACCAAUGCAAACCAGGGAAGGCCCAGCAUUGACAAAGUCGAAUCGGAUCCAUGGCAGGAGAACCUUUUUCUACUUGUUGAGAGAUAGGUUUACUCCGUCCAAUCCAGUUCGUAGCGAGGGCCAGGAGGAUCGCCGGAGGCCGGCAGGCCGGCGAUGGCGCUGGUGAACAGCGGCGACACGGAUCUCCGAAUCUACGAGCCGAGUUUCGCGUGUGAGUACUCGUGUCGCCAGGAAAGGGCCAAUCACAGAUCGCGUCUCCUGGCCGAGAUCCACAAUGCCUACUGCAAGGCUUUCGAGCGCCUGACGAUCAACAGCAAGGCAAGGUGCCCCCUGGCGACGCGAACCCUCGCCGCCGGCUUCUGCUUCGGCCUACUCGACCCCGCCUCCAACAUCGUCAUCAACGCCCUCGUCCCCUGCCGGCGGCUCAACCAUGCAAGCAAGAAGGGCAGGGACAAGGAGCACGUUGCCGCCGCCGCCGUCCCGGGAGCGUAGCUCGAAGACAUGGAGCGCCGGUCGCUGGACGGCAUGGUGAUCUUCCUCACACGCUUCUUCCCGUACCUCGCCGACUCCGAGGCCGAGCGCUACCUGCUCCUCGCCGACGCCGACCUCCUCGUCGCCACCCGCAUCAUCGUCAUGGACCGCCGCAUGAAGAGGUUCGGAUCCUCGGAGCGCGCCACCGAGGAGGCCUUCAGGAUGGCCCUCAAGUGCGCGGCGCUUGCCGCCCGGCACCCCGACCCGGACCGCCUCGUCGGCUCCUGGCUCACCAUCUCCAACCGCCUCGACGAGGCCGUGCGUCUCGGCGCCAAGGUGCGCCGGCGCUCACCUUCCUCCAGCCUCCACAGCCUCGCCAGGCUGCUCGACGGACCGCCGUGGAGACCUGCUGAGGGCGUGGCAGCACGCGGCGUCUCGUCACCCUCAGACCCGCCGCGUGCCGUACCAGCGCACCAGCACUCCCCUGAAACGGUUGCUCCUGGACGCGAUCCAUGGGUUCUACCUGCAGGCCCUGGCUCGGCUGCCGGCCGGCGAGCUGCGGUCCCGCUUCCACCGCAGCCUGCUCAAGGCCGGCCACUGCUACGGCCCGCGCGCUCGAUCCCGUCUCCAACAUAAUCGUCAACACCGUCGGUACGACGCCGCGUUCCCGCGCACCCAUGAGCUCGAGCUCGACAUGAUCAGCUCACUGAGCCUCCACCGGAUCGAGAACCGCUCCUUAUACGGCAUGGCCUCCUUCCUCUGCACCCGCUACCAUCGCCUAGAUUUCCAUCAGGCCAUGCGUUUCCUGCUCGAUGGCGAUGCCAACCUGCUACUUGCCGAUCCAGGACUCCAUGCUGCCGAUGCUGGUUCAGGAACAGGAAGACGAGGAGGUCCCAAGGCUAGCUCCAUGGAGCACCACGGCUCCCUUUCAUAAUGCCUUGUGCAGGGUGGAAACACAAGACCGAGGCUCAGGCCGCCAGGCCACCGAAGUCGAGCAAGCAAGCCUUUAGGGCCGCUGCUGUCGCUGCGUCUGCGUGGCACCCCAACAACCCAGAUGCUCAGGUGAACGUUCUUGCUUCGUGUAAGCAGAAGCUGGCUUCUGCCGCCGUGACGCUGCUGAAGGGUAGUAGCUAGCUCUCUUCUGUGGAUGUUCGUGGCCUUGCCAGGUUGCUGUCUCCUGAACCCUCCUGCAGUGAGCAGCCGCUUCUCCCAUUCCCGCUUGAAGAGUACGUGUGUGAGCAUAUAAGAAUCACCAAGAAGGUCAUGGAGGCAUUGAGAUCUCAUGCACCCAUGACCCAUGUAUGAGCUCCAUGUUAUAUGUGGCGUGAAUGAUCAGGUGACUGGGCCUGUGUUCUGUCCAGGUGGCUCCAAAUUUGCUCCCCACAAAUGUUACCAAUCUCAUGUCAAUUUCUUGGCAACCCUCAAAGAUACUCCACCUCACGCUCGUGAAGCUCCGGUGCUUUUGUUUGCUGAACUGAGCAACGAUGACGAAGACAAAGGUGGAAUGCAUUCCAUGUGUUGCACUGUCUCAGCACCGCCACCAUGCGCUGAUGCGCAGAACGUACGAGUUCGCUGCCUAUAUUGCGAUUACGUGGGGAUUAGGAUAGUGCACCCAAUUGAUGAAGAAUUCCAUGGGCGUGAGUUGGAGUUUGAGAAGAUGGUUUGCGGAGAAGACCCCAACAUAAGGAUCGUUCGCCACAGCCGUCUCAUAUCGAAUGAGAUUGACAGUCUUAAGGAGGAUUGUCUUUACGCUGAUCAGCCUAGAACUGGUGCGAACUUUUGGGAUCUGGAUUUCAUGAUGGAUGAUGACUAUGAUAUCAGCGGGGAUUCCAUGAUGGAUGACUAAGAUGUCAGCCAUUAGAAUGGAGUUAACUCUAGCCUGACUUGCAAAAACCUUUAUGUAUAUUGUUUGAUGCGUCAGUUUUUAC